AUUCCAACAUGGAGGGUUCUGGAGGGCUAUCCCCAGCACAAGUGGAGGAGGUACAAAUAUUUGUCCAUUAGUUUGGUUAGCCUUAGAUCACAGAGAUUGAUAAGCAUCUUGAUUUCUUUUAGUACAAGAAAAAUGGCUUUCUGGUCAUUGAAAACUUUUUCUCACUCGAAGAAGUGGAGGAAAUGAGAAAUGCCAUGUACGAUAUCGUGGAAAAAAUGAAUUUGGAAGAUCAUCCGAAAAGCAUCUUUACCACUGGAGAGAACCAAACGAAGGUAAGAACUUGAGGAAAAGCCAAUUUGUUGCCUCGAUUUUCUUGGCUUUGCUGUAAGCCCUGUAAAUCGACGAUCGGCGAUGAUGACAUCCGUUUCUCCUAGGAUGAUUUAAUAAUACCACUAUAAGUUGCCGUGGAUAGCCUGGCUUGUUCUUAACUUUUGGUCAUUGUUGUGCAUGUGUUACCUCUGUCAGAUUUUGAUUUAGUACGAUCAAGCAGUGGCUCACGCUUUAGUCCCUUACUCUGUGGCCACCCGUGUGCUCCAAAUUUUCUUCCAGGAGUUCUAAAUGUUUAGAAAGAACUCAUCGAUAACACGUAUAUCAUUACUUUUGCGUUGCCCAUUACUUACCAGGUAUAUCCCAGUUUAUUUUGGAGAAUCUUGGUGGUAAAGAACAUCAUAUGACAUUUUGUUUGUCCACUGACAUAGAUUUGCUGUAUCCUUACAACCCCUGCACUUCCAAGAGUGACCAACAAGUAAUUUCUCCCUACUAUACCAAUACAUUAUCAAGCAGUUAAGCAAUGAGAAGAAAGAAAAAGUAACAUCAUGUAAGAAACAUCAUAUGAUAUGAUUCCAAAUUCUCAGAGUGUAAACCAAGGGAAAUUCAUGGCAGACAUGAGAGAGAAUUGAUAUCUGGAUCUUUAACAUGACAUGUACCUUCUCCAUACAAUUUCAAUCCAUUAUUUAAAAAACUGGUAACAAGAAUGGAUGUAAGACCAAAUUCUCUCAACUAAUUUAUAAGGAAAUGUUUAGCAGCCAGAAGAGAGAAUUGCUGAUUUCAUCUUAGGGGAUUGAGUGAAUAGUUUUCCAACAAUUUUGACUCCAUUAUCUGAGGCUUUAGGUGUGGUUAGCUGCAUUGGCAAACCAGCAUUUGUGAAAUUCCAUCAGUGAAUCGGUAUCUACCAAUUCACAGCCUUUUAAACUUAUUUUCCAAGGCUUUAAUAGGCUCUACUGAUAAUUGCAACUGAAAUUAUGAAUUAAAAAUUUUGUACCCUUUGUCAUUUUUUUAUUAGUUUAGAGAUGACUACUUUAUGACAAGUGGAGACAAAAUCAGAUUUUUCUUUGAAGAAGGAGCUUUCAAUGACAAAGGUGAGAUUCAAUAUCCUGUAAUGACAAAACGUAACGGAUUUCUCUCAUAACUUAAGCAAAUUUGCACCACAGUAUUGUUACUUGCACAACUGUAUUUCAUUUUUGUCUCUUAUUUAGGUGAACUCAUCAAGGACAAGCAAAAAGCCAUAAACAAAGUUGGUCAUGGUAAGAUUUUUAUGGAGGACUUCUCUUGGAAGUUAGCAAUCUAGGUAUAAAUCCCAAACAGAAAAAGGUUUAUGAAACAAGUUUAUAGCUUGAAUUACACACUGGUGAGCCUAGUAAAUGGUCUAGCUUGUGAACAAGUUAUCUGUAGCUCAGUUGAUGUGGCAUAAAUAUCAAAAUUAAUAAUGAAAAUUAAUAGAUAAGAUUUAAAUGGUGGUACUUCCACAGGAUGGCUCUGUGUCCAAUGAUCCCAGUUAGAAUUGGAAGUUGAAUUGUUUACCUCUACAGUGGGAGGGGAAGUAAAGAACACAGAGAAAAAUCUGUUGGAGAAAGGAUUUUUUCAUGGGGAAAGAAUAAGAAACAGCAGCAGGUUUAUGAUUUGAAAAAAUGAAGGAUAUAGCAGUGGGAGGCAACUUCUUUCACUAGCUGCACCAUCUUUGCUUUUCAUGUGAUUGUGAAAGUGUUAAUGGGUUAAACUGAAAUUUCGUGGGUUAGCCUUUCCUCAUAGUGAAAGGCUAACAAAAUGUAAGCUUUAGAAACUCUUUACAGUGGCUAAUUAACAUUACCAAUACAGUUGAUAAAAUCAAAUUAUCCUUAGAAUAGUUUGUCUCCUUAUUCAUCAUUUUGUACUUUUAGAGAUCUGUUCAUCAUCCUAGAAAUAUCAUUUACUUGUUAUUUAAUAAAUAUGUAUUUGAUACUUUGUGUUUAUUUAUCUUCUCAGCCCUUCAUGUGUGGAAUCCUGUCUUUAAAAAAAUGACAUUCAACAAGCGAAUUGAGGUACAUGUAAUUUAAAGAUUGAAAUGUUAAGUAUAAUACAUGUAUAUUGAAUUUCUUCCUCUAGUAACAAAUUUGAAAUCAAUAUUGUUGUCAACCAAAUUUUUUUUUUAAUGUAGGCUGUUGCCAAAUCAGCAGGAUUCAAACACCCUGUUGUCCCACAGAGCAUGUACAUUUUUAAAGUGAGUUGGUUUUGAGAAACAAUUCUAUCAAUAAAUUAAGAUUGUCAUGGUUCUUUAGACUAAAUUCAACUUUAAUAAUGUAGGCAGAGUGCGAAAAAUUCUUAUUGUAGUUUACCCACACUCUGGGUCGUCUCCUGAUAAAUAGUGUUGAUAUACGGGUAUGUAACAUCUCCAACAUAAUGCUGUUAGAGAUGAUGUAAUCAUAAGCGCAUAAGUACACAUGCAUUUUUGAUUGGUUGUUACCUAUGAUCUCAAUCUGUAAACGGAGGACAGACACAUGGAUGACAUGUUGCCAUGGGUCUGUACAGUAAUGGAUCAUAGAGUACUCCAAAAUGUGGUUAAAACAUAAUUCAGUGUACACUCGGUUGACCUCUUGUGCCCCAUCUUUGUUCUUACCACAUUUUGAUGUCAUCUGUGAUCUAUUAAAGAGCAGACACGUGGAAUGUAUUUGUUAAAUAGUAAAUAAUUUGAAUCCAGGUCGGUAACAUUUGAUCUUGUAGUUUAGUGAUCCUGUUAAGUAUUAACCCUUUACACACUAACACCAGUAUGCAUAUUCUCCAUACUGCUCUUUAUACAUUUCCAAAGAGGCUGUCAAAGAGAAUUUGUUUCACAAUCAAGAGCUGCUUUAGUUGGUGAUCAUCUCCUCUAUUCUCAUGACUUUCAUGUUUGACUCAGGGGUGAUAUUGUAAGGAGAAAUUAGAUGCUAGUCACUCUCAUGCACGAAAGGGUUAAGAGAAGGUUCCAGAAGGUUAGCAUUCCAUAGGUGUCUUUCUCAUGGAAUGUUCAUUUUCUUUUUUUAUUAUUUUUUUAACUCAUUAGCAACCAGGAAUUGGUGGUGAAGGUAAGAGAUUAAAUUUAGUAAAUAACUUGUAGUUUUUAGGAUAUAAAUCUAAGAAAUGAGAGUGGAAAAGAAAUUGUAUUUUGUAGAGAAGAUCCCCAAAGGAGCUCCAAAGGGUAGGGUAGGGAAUUUGAACUGGAACUGUCAAGUCUUUCCUGUGGAAUAGAACUGUUUUGUCUUUUAAAUUGGAGGUGCAUGGUCAAAGGUAAAAAGUUUCCUUUCUGCAAGUGGUCCACAAGAAAAUCACAGUUGCUAAUCUUUUCUUUUACAGAUCAAUUGAAAAUCAAAUUAGGCACUCAGGUGGGACAUCUGAACACAGUUUUGGUCCUAGUGGUUGUAAAGAGUUUGAACAAACUGUAUUUACAGAUGCCAGUGGGGCUGUUGGGAGGGGGUGCUGAAUGUUGAAGCUUCAAAUUGAUCAAAAUAAAAGAACAAGAACCAACGAAAACUUUAUGCUUACCAUUGCACCAUUCCAGCUCUGUAUGAAAGCCAAGUUAUAUGUUCACAGAAUAAGAGGUUUUAUUUACCUUUGCACCUGUAGUCAACCCACAUCGAGACUCCACCUUCCUGUAUACAGAGCCACCCAGUGCUAUGGGAAUCUGGAUUCCACUUGAAGAUUGCACCAUGGAGAAUGGCUGUCUGCAGUUUGUUCCUCAGACACAAAAUGGUCAGAUAUAUAGUAAACCUCAAUUUUGUCUCCUUAGAGGACACAUAUUAUGAAACUUGUAUCAAAUAGACCUCUUAAUGAGCAGACACCCUCUACCUAUCAGACCAACCCAAGUCAUAAAUUAACCUUCCUUAGUUACUCUAAAUUAAUAUAAUACCUGCAAUUAGAACACAACUCUGUUAAUCCUUUACACUCUAACAUCAGUAUGCGUAUAUUUUCUUUACUGUUCUCCAUCCAUUUCUCAAGGUGCUGACAAGUUUAACAAUCAAGAGUUUCUUUAGUUGGUGAUCAUUUCUUUCAUUCCUGUGAUCUUAACCCUUUAACUCCCAGAAGUGAUUAACAUGUAAUUUCUCCCUGUAAUAUUCACACAUUAUUCAGCAAACUGGUUGUGAGAAUCCUCAAACUUAUCAAGUUGAAGUUGUUGUCUUGAUCUAACAUCAAAUUAUCAUAACCAGUUUACACGGAAAUGUGAAGCAGCUAGAGGGAAGAAUUAACAUCAAAAUCUAAUGUUUGAUUCAGUGGUUGUAUUGUAAGGAGAAAUUAGUCAUGUCUAGUUAAUCUUAGAGGUUAAAGGGGUUAACCCUUUACUCCCCAAUAUUAGGAUGCAUUUUCUAGAGCUAUUCUAUGUACUGUUCUGCGCAGUCUUGUGAGGGUCUUCUUAAUUUGCAAGUUUUGCUAUUGUAAAUGAUUUUUAUUUGUCAAGGAAGUCAAAAUUUGUAGCUUUAGGGUCUGGAUAGAAUAUAGUAUUCUUACAAGUAAUUUUUUUUUUAUCCUUUGGGGGUUAAAGAGCUUGGCUAGUAAAUCUUUUGAUACCAAAUUUGAGUUUAGGUGCCUCAGUGCUUCCAAUACUUGAGUGUUUCAAGGUCUUGAAAUAAGUUUUUAGUAUCAUCCAGAUUCUUGACAGCCUGAAAUGGACUGUUCAACUCUUCCCAAUAAGUAUAACAUGGAUUGUAAUGUUUCUGAGUGCUUCCCUGAUUUACUUUAUAGAAGGAAUAAAGCUCCGUUUUAUACGCAACCCUGAGGCAGGGACCCCAACCAUCUUCAAGGGACCUAAAGAAGAACCUAGAGAUGACAAUGACUACAUUCCUCAGUUGACCAAAAAAGGUGAUUUGAUCACUUACUUUUAAUUGGAUUUAUGUUUUUUAGUGGGUGUUCAAUGGUGGCCUGAAAGUACUCAGCUGCUUCAAAAACUCCCUUCAUCCCUCAUACUAACAAGAUCUUAGGGGCCGGUUCUGGUAAUGGAGGACUACAAAUUUCUUUUUUAGAUAUCCCUGAGAAUUUGGUAUUUCAUCUGAAGGAUUUAGCCUAGUAGGUGAUCGAAUCAUUUAAUCUGUAAUUCUAUUUACUUGUCUACUUCAUGGUGCAUUCAAACUAUCAAUUUAAUUAAUUUACCCUUUUUAAACGGACAUCAGUAUGUAUAUUCUCCAAACUGUUCUCCAUAAAUUUCCCAAGGUGCUUAUAAGGAGAACUUGUGUUAAAAAUCAAGAGCUUCUUUGGCUGGUGAUAAUUUCCUUUAUCCCUGUGGUGUUAAUGUGUGAUUCAUGAUCAGGGGUGGUAUUUAAGGAGAAAUUAGAUGUUAGUUACUCUUAGGGCAUACACUGGCCAGUUCAAAGGGUAAAAGAGUCUCCAUUUAAUCCUAGAUUUUAAAAUAGAUUUGCAAUUUUUAUAGGCCUCACAUACAAAAUAGGAUUCUGAGGUGCCUCAUAUUUGGGAACAGAGCACAGUAGAUGAAAGAAUGUUGUUAAUAAGAACAGCACUAACAUACUAUGCCUGUGUCAUUUUCCCCUUCAUUUUCCUUUGACCUUUUACAUCAUGACAUCAAUAUGUAUUUUCUCCAUACUGCCCCCAUAUAUUUCCUACCAUUCUGACAAGGAGAAUUUGUUUGACAAUCACAAGUUUCUUCUGUUGGCAUUCAUUUUGCCACAUGACCUUAAUGUCUGAUUCAGCAAUAAUGCUGCAUGGAGCAAUUAAAUCCCUGUCGCUCUCAGGGUUAAAGGGUUAACGCAUUUUGAAAUUAUUCUGGGAACAAGCAUAUGGGUCUAUUUUCUUUUUCACUAAUAACUUAAUUCCUUAACAAGAAGCUUUUACUUCUAAUAGUAUUUUACAUGGAAAUGCUGAAUAUUGACAUUCCCAUCCAGGUUGUUUGGUGCUAAUUCAUGGAGCUGUUCUGCACAGAAGUUUUGCUAAUAAGUCUGAGAAGUCACGGCAUGCUUACACCUUUCAUAUUGUGGAACAAGAAAACACAGAAUACAGCAAAGAGAAUUGGUAAGGUGUAAUGCAGAUUGAAGUUAGAUUCAAUGUGCUAAUAUCAAAGGCCUGAGCUGCGACAAGCCAAAAUAUCACAAAGAACCAAUAAGGACUUGAUGUAAACACUAGCUGUGCCUGAAGAAUUUGCUGGUGAUUUUAUGGAUAUAUUUGUUUUGAUUGCUUUCACUUGGAUUAAGAAUGGUUGAGUGAUGUGGUUCACUGUGAAUGUGGUUUUUAAAGGAGUGGGGAGGGGUGGCUGUGGGUUGUCAAGUGAACCCAAGUCUGUAGACAAAAGGAAAACUAUCUGGAAAUAUAGCUUGAAGACUCUCUGAAAACUCGGUUGCAUUAUUCAAAGUUAAAGGCAACUUUCUAUCUCACCCACAUUCUUCACUAUAUCGUAAAUUUGCCAGUUAGGUUUUGCCACCCAUAAUAUCCUGGCUUAUAUUUACCACCCCCCUUGCCCUGUUCAAAGGAAAACUACUUGCCAUGGCUAAUUCAUACUACAAAUUACUAUCUCUAUCCUUUCCCACACAGUUAAAAAAUUUAUUUCUUGAAGAACAAAAGUAGGCUUGUGAAAGUUAUUUUCUCUUGUCUUUAGGUUGCAGCCCACACAAGAGGUACCAUUUCCCUCUCUAUAUACUGAGUAGAUGGUGAUUACGAACAUUUUGAACCAGAAGAGUCAAGCUGAUUCAAUCCUCCAGUCACAUUUUAAUCUUACCUUAACUUAUGAAGAAACAUCCAUUAAAUUAAAUGUAUAAACAUCCAUUAUCACAACAGAAAUGAAAAAGUCUGAGUGUGUUCUCUAAGGAAUUGUGUUCUGUUUCUUUUCCCUAUGUCUGAAGUUCAUUUCAUUACAAAAUUAUGGCACACAAGGGAAGUUUGUUUUGAGUGUGCUUUGAAAUAUUCCUUUCAGGACAUGCUAAAAAAAAAAACAUUUGCAAAGUGCAAGAAACUUUGAUUUUGUAACAGUUUAUUGCAACAGGGGAUCAUGUUUUAGGAAAAAUUCUGAUAUUAGAUUUAGAAAACACAGUCUGGUCUUUUUAUCAAGGAUAUCAUUACGGUUAGCAGUUAUUUGGUUUUAGUACAAAAGAUCACAUUAAGACACAAGCAGUUUAAGCACAGCUCUUUAAUUUGUCAUUUUACAAAAUUUUAAAUCAUUUAGCUAAAUACAAUUACCGUGUAUUAAUUAUUUUUAGCCAAUGUAUCAUGUCAAAUGAUAUUUUUCACAGCGUAAAGCAAAAUUAUUUAUAAUCAUAUUGAAUUCAAUGCUUACAUAGCAAGAUUAGAAAUAAUCAAUUGUGAUCAAAAUAUAUAUGAAGACCUCUCAGUCCUCUCAGCAGUAUAUAUUCCUAUAUAAUAAAAGUUUCAAUGAAGUCUAAAAACACUGGCUAGAUAUAGAAGCUCUUACUAACUCAAGACUUCAAACACUCCAAUUUUUUUCUAACUUCUACAAAUUUUAAACUGUUGACAAUUAUGGUUUGUGGGUCGACACAUCAAACUGACUUUAAAUGAGCAUUUUCCUCUUUUUAUCUAUCACCUGAACAGGCCAUACUGAUUAACUUGCCCAAUUUAAUCCUUAAUACAAUGACCUAUGAUGAAAAAGCUGUUUUUGUUCAGAAAUGCUCCACAUUAGCAAGUUACAUGUUAAAUAUAAGUUUACUCUAACAAUGUUCUAUAAAAGAAAAUAUCCCAAUGGUGUGCGUGGCAUGUUCAGUUACAUGCCUGUCAGUUAUGGAAAUUAAACCUUAACCCUUUGAGUCACAAGAUCUGCUUGUUAACUCCUCCCUCUUACUGCUACACUUUUCCUCAUAAAUCAGUACAGAGAAUUUGAUGUUAGAUAACUAGAAGAUAACUUUGAUAUUAUGAGUUGAGUAUUCUCAUUACUAGUUUAUUGGAUAAUGUAUGGAUAUUAUAGGGAGAAGUUACAUGUUAAUCAGCUCUAGGAGGUAGAGUUAACAGUGAC